UUCCCUCUUUUUUCCUUUUGCACUCUAUAUUUGACUAUGUAUAGUUUCAAAUUUGACACACUCAUUUACACUUUUUUCAUUCUGAUGAUGACAGUGGAUUCUGUCGAAAUAUCAAUGAAAUAAAUACAUUAUGAUUAGUUAAUCAUGUUUAUAGCAGUUCUGUACUUCAUUACCUCAUUAUUUAUAUCAUAUGUUAGUUGAUAGAGAACUAUGUAAUAUGUAAAUUAGAUCAUCAAAGGAUUUAGAAAAAAUUUCUUUUGGGAAAUUUUCAACAGAAACUCGAUUUAUCGAUGAUAUGCUGAUCAAAGUGAUUGCUUUGUUUUUUUAUUCUAGAAAAUAUGUGGUAAAUGAUAUACAAUAAGUUGACAUUAUGCUAAUCUAUCGUCUGUUUCGUUAUGGUUGUGCAUCUGUCGCUAAUCGAAUAUCUGUAUCAUUCUGUUUAUCAACUUAUCGACCAAAAUGUGAACAUUUGAAAUUAAUCUAUCACAUCUUUUGCUACAAUAUUGAUGGUAAGAUAAAAGAAUUUAAUAACAUGAUGGAAUAUAAUUCAGCAUGUUUUUUAUUGUAGAUUCAACAGACUUAAAAAUUGACACAAUAUUCCAACCAUUAUUUUCCUUAACAGAUCAUUUAGCAAAAUAUCUUGGACGUUUAUUUAUCUGUCUUUUCUUAUGUAUUAUUGCUGCAAUAACAUAUGUAUUCUAUUUUUGUAUAUUUCAACAUAUCUAUUUUGAUAAAGAACAACAUACAUUUUUCAUGUUUUUAUUUCAUUUCAUUUUUGGACAUUGGUUAUUAAUCAAUAUUCUAUUUAACUAUAUACAAGUGGUAAGAACAGAUCCAGGUUCAUCAUCAAAUUUUGGUAAAUCAAAAUCAUGCAAUUUUACAUUAACAAAUAAAGAUAGUUCUAGUAAACAUGACCAUAAUAACAGUGAUAAUAACAAUAAUAUUUCAAAUCUAACAACAAUAAUACAAUUAUCAAAAAAAAAUGACAAAAAUACAGAUGAUAAAUAUUACAAUAAUAGACAUGAAUCCAAUUAUAAUCAGUUAAGAGAACAUGAUGAUAGUAAUAAUACUAAGGAUGUUUUAUUGAUGUUAGAAUCAUCCACAUUAAAAUUGUCCGAUUCAUUCUUAGUCUACAAUAAACAAUUUCAAAUUCAAAGACAUUUAAAUCAUCGUUAUUUUUUUCAAUUUUGUUUUUUCAUGACAUUGGGUUCAUUUUACACAGCAACACUCGGUUUUACUGAAUAUCAACAUCACAUGUUUGGAGAAAAAUAUUAUUCUUAUCUUGAUUUAGUACUUGGUAAACGUAUUGUCGAAAAUGAUCUAUUAUCAUCGUUUAAUAAUCCAUCGAUGCAUUUUACAAUGUUAUAUUUAUUUAUUGUUUGUGCAUCAGCCUGUUUGAUAUUAUUUUUUUUUACAUUAUGGCAUUUUUGGUUAAUCUCAAGAGCAGAAACAACAAUCGAAUAUCAUGUUAAUUCUGUUGAAAGAAAACGUUUAAAAGAAUUAAAAUUAAAUUUUCAAAAUCCUUAUAAUUUAGGAUUUAAAACGAAUUGGCAAUUAUUUUUAGGUUUUCAUCAUUUCUACGAUAUUCUUUAUAAAAAUUUAUUACCAUCAACUCAUCGACCAUUCUCAGAUGGUAUUCAUUGGCCCAUGCGUACAUAUAUACAUGAAAAAUAUCCAUUAUUAAGUGUAUAA